AUGGCCGCUCAAAGGAAUCCUUCUGACCACCUCACGCUGGCCCUUCUCAGUUUUUUCCUGUGGAUGCCCUGGGAGUCCGGAGCCCGGCAGAUCCGCUACUCGGUUCCUGAGGAGUUAGAGAAAGGCUCCUUCGUGGGGAACAUCUCCACGGAUCUGGGACUGGAGCCCCGGGAGCUGGCGCAGCGCGGAGUCCGCAUCGUCUCCAGAGGUAGGACGCAGCUUUUCUCUCUCAACCCGCGGAGCGGCAGCCUGGUCACCGCGGGCAGGGUCGACCGGGAGGAGCUCUGCGCCCAGAGCCCCCGGUGUCUGGUGAACUUUAACAUCCUUGUGGAAGACAGGGUCAAACUUUUCGGGAUAGAAGUAGAAGUAACUGAUGUCAACGAUAAUGCCCCAAAAUUUCAAGCAGAGAAUCUAGAUGUAAAAAUUAACGAAAAUGUUGCUCCAGGGAUGCGCUUUCCUCUCCCGGAAGCUAUUGAUCCCGACGUGGGUGUGAACUCCCUACAGAGCUACCAGCUCAGCCCCAACAAGCACUUCUCGCUGGAAGUGCAGACACGCUCCGAUGAGGUCCAGUACCCGGAGCUGGUGCUAGAGCGCGCCCUCGAUCGGGAGGAAGAGGCUAUUCACCACUUGGUUCUGACGGCCACGGAUGGGGGGACUCCCCUUCGAUCUGGCACUGCCCUCAUCACUGUGACUGUCUUCGAUACAAAUGAUAACGCGCCAGUCUUCACCUUGCCUGAAUACCGAGUGAAUGUUCCAGAGAAUUUGCCAGUAGGCACUAGGUUACUAACAGUCACUGCCACCGACAAGGAUGAAGGAGCCAAUGGAGAAGUGACAUAUUCAUUCCGAAAAUUACCUGACACACAGCUGGUGAAAUUCCAACUAAACAAAAAUACCGGGGAAAUAAAAAUAUCAGAAAAACUAGAUUAUGAAGAAACGAGCUUCUACAAACUAGAAAUACAAGCAGAGGAUGGAGGAGCAUAUCUUGCAACCGCCAAGGUGUUGGUUACAGUAGAAGAUGUAAAUGACAACAGCCCAGAAGUGACCAUCACCUCUCUCUUUAGUCCCGUGGCAGAAGAUUCACCUUUGGGAACUGUCAUUGCCCUUUUAAACGUGCACGAUUUAGACUCUGGACAGAAUGGAGCAGUAACUUGUGCCAUCUCCGGGCAUCUACCAUUUAAAUUAGAGAAGUCGAUUGACAGUUACUACAGGCUGGUGACACACAGAGCCCUUGACAGGGAACAAGUAUCCUCUUACAACAUCACAGUUACAGCCACAGAUGGUGGAAACCCACCUCUAUCAACAGAAGCUCACUUCACCCUGCAAGUGGCAGACAUCAAUGACAAUGCACCCACCUUCUCUCACAUCUCCUAUUUUACCUAUGUCCCUGAGAACAACCCCAGGGGUGCCUCCAUCUUCUCAGUGACAGCUCUUGAUCCAGACAGCAAAGAGAAUGCCCAGAUCAUUUACUCUCUGGCUGAAGAUAACAUCCAAGGGACACCACUGUCCUCCUAUUUAUCCAUCAACUCAGACACCGGCAUCCUAUAUGCACUCCGAUCCUUUGACUAUGAGCAGUUUCAACAACUGCAGGUGCAGGUGACUGCCAGUGACAGCGGGAACCCACCCCUCAGCAGCAACGUGUCCUUGACUGUGUUUGUGCUGGACCAGAAUGACAAUACUCCAGAGAUCUUGUAUCCUGCUCUCCCCAUGGAUGGCUCCACUGGGGUAGAGCUGGCGCCCCGCUCCGCAGAGCCUGGCUACCUAGUAACCAAGGUGGUGGCCAUUGAUAGAGACUCAGGACAGAAUGCUUGGCUUUCCUAUCGCCUGCUUAAGGCCAGCGAGCCAGGGCUGUUCUCUAUAGGUCUGCACACAGGUGAGGUGCGUACAGCAAGGGCCUUGCUAGACAGAGAUGUGCUCAAGCAGAGCCUGGUGGUGGCUGUGCAGGACCAUGGCCAGCCCCCUCUCUCAGCGACUGUCACACUCACUGUGGCUGUGGCUGACAGCAUCCCGGAUGUCCUAGCAGACUUAGUCAACCUUGAGCCCCCACAGGACUCUGACACCUCAGGCCUCACACUCUAUCUAGUAGUGGCGGUGGCUGUGGUCUCCUGUGUCUUUCUUGCCUUUGUCAUCAUGCUGCUGGCACUCAAACUUCGACGCUGGCACAAGUCACACCUGACCCAGGCUCCUGGAGAAGGAUUGGCUGGCCUGCCAGCCUCGCACUUUGUGGGUGCGGAUGGUGUGCGUGCUUUUCUACAGACCUAUUCCCAUGAAGUCUCACUCACUGCAGACUCAAGAAAGAGUCACGUGAUCUUUCCACAGCCCAACUAUGCAGACACGCUCAUCAGCCAGGAGAGCUGUGAGAAAAAGGAUCCUUUGUCUUUAUUAGAUGAUUCGAAGUUUCCAAUAGAAGACUCGCCUUUGGUUCCAGUGAGUUCCAUUUUUGUUUUUCUCUAA